AUGGCCUCCGAUUCCAAACAAAGUAAGUAUUUAACAGUUUAUUUACAUUAUAAUGGUUUAUUCGCACCAAAACCAUUAGUGUACUUGAACGCUGUUGUUGUUUCAAUUUGUGAUGUCGAUUUUGGUGCAAUGGAUUUCAAAGACUUUAACUUGUUCAUUGCAAAGUUGAUUGAAGGCAGUUGUGAUAAUGUAUAUUAUUGCACUAGAAAUGAACCAUUGGCAGAGGGUAUUAGGAGACUUAUGAAUGAUGCUGACUACUUUGAGUUUAUUGAAACGAGUUAUAGUGAUGAAGCCGGUCUAAGAAUGAAUGUGUAUAUAGACCACGAAAAUGAACCUGUACUUGAUUGGGCUGAUAUGGAAGCAAUGGAAGAUGAUGAAGGGCAUUAUUCUGAGGAAGACCUGGAUGAUGAUAAAGAUUCACAACUUUCUGAUGAUAUUCCAUAUGAGCAUGAAGCAGAUGAUUACAUUCCUUCUCUUGACAAGACUAUUGGUGAUGAAUUCUUACAUCGGGUGUCAGGUAUGUGUAAGGAUAUAAAUGAUGAGGCUGAAACUGAUGAGGUUGAAACCAAGAAUGGAGAUGACAAACCAGUGUACACUGUCCAUAAUGAGAACCAUAAAUGGGACAAAAUGGUGCCAAUUCUAGCUAUGAGAUUCUCUAACCCCAUGGAAUUGAAAAAUUGUUUGACUAACUAUGCAUUGAAGAAUGGGUACAACCUUUAUUUUGAGAAAAAUGAUAGUCAUAGGUUAUUAGUGAGAUGUUGUAAAGAGAACAAGAACCCCUCUUGUCCUUUUAGACUGUGGGUUUUCCUGGAUGAGCAGUGA